CUUCUAUGAAGCCCAGCUCUAGCUAGUUGGAAAGGCUCUGAGUAGCUCGUGCACUCUAUUUUCCGUGGAGGGGUAUUUAGCUCUUCAACUACAGUAGGCUAAAAAGAAACUUGUUCAUAAGAAAUAAAUAAUUUUCCAGUACUCCAAUUUUAAACGCGAUAUGGAAGUAUCGAUGUCUUCACUCUUCAGACAGACAGAGUAGCAAAAAAACCAGUAAUAAUAACAGCAUUAGCAACUGGGUUUUUCUUUAUCCUAAGAGAAGAAAUGAAUUAAGAGGUCAGCGUAAAGCCCUAGUAACGAAUUUUGUAUAAGUAUAUAGAAGGAAGAAUGAUUAAUGGUUGUGAUGAUGAUACAGCCACAGCAGAACUCUUCUGCAGUUCCCUCUCAGCCAAAUUCAUCAACUCUUAGAUCCCCAACUCCCUCUCCUCUUUCUCUGUCUACUUCUCAUCGCCAACCAGUGGAUCAUGUGGUGGAACCGCCACCGCCCCCGCCUCCACCACCACCACCGGUGAUGCUGGCCAGGGUGAGGCUAUCAGACAUAUCACCCUUUGAUGGGGCACCAGGUGGGGCCUACAUGAGGGCUGUGGAUACACUGUCAGGUUCUUUGAUGAGGCAUAACGCAGCGGUUAUUGAAGUAGGGAGUGAGGAUGCUUCUCUCAUCAAGUGUGCCUUGGAAUCCUCUCGCUUGUUUUUUAGGACUCGUGCUCCGUCCAAAAUAGGUGGCCGUGGGGUCUAUACGUACAGGGCUGGAAGGGCUUUGGAAGACUGGGACUCGUCUCCUCCAUGUAUGGCUGAAACUUUCAGGUGCAUGGGUAAGGCAGCUCGUGCUGCUCUAUGUGCAAUUGCAAGGCAUCUUCGGUUGCGAAGCGAUGUUUUCAACCAUUUACUUGACGACACCCCCUUGCCUGCUAAUGAGGUAUCCUCAUCUGUGCUUCUUGCCACCUAUUCCCUUGUGUCCUUGCAGAAUGGAAAGGGGGCUAUUGGAGGAGGGAAGUCAGCAGUUAACGGUGAAAUUGAAAAAGGAUUGUUGACUCUGAUUUCUUCAGAUAAUCCUGGUCUCCAGGUUUGUGACCCCAAUGGUCGAUGGUACCUUGCUGAGUCUGGCAUAGGGCCUGGGGAUCUUUUACUGAUAACAGGCAAGGCACUUAGUCAUGCUACUGCAGGUCUUCGUCCUGCUGCUUCAUAUAGAGCUGCUCCUGAUUACCCAUCAGGCACUAAUAAUGGUGGGAGGAUGGCUUUGGCAUUUAGGCUAAUGCCACAGGGCAAUGCUAUAUUAGAUUGUUCUCCAAUUGCAGCAGCUGGUCAUGUCAUUCCCCAAAGCUAUGUGCCAAUAUCUGUGAGCCAGUUUAUGGAUGACCUUUCUGCUGAGGAGGAUGUUAUGAGCAAUCGGCUCGAUAACAACUAUGUUAUUCGAUGUAACUUGACCAAAGAACCAUCAUUAAGAAGUGUUCUUUCAGAUCCAUUAUCCGGUGCAUUUCUUGAAGAUGCCAUGUUUGUCUCAUGUGGACAUUCUUUUGGAGGUCUCAUGCUAAGAAGAGUCCUUGAAAUGGGUUUCUGGAAGCAAUGUUCUAUCAAGUGGUACAAAAGAUUAGGCAAAGGGUGCAUGCUUUCAAAAUGUCUGUCAAGAUGUACCCUUUGCAAUGCAGAAAUUGAGGCUGGGUCUCCGGUUCCUAAUUUUGCUCUCAGAGCUGCAGCUGCAGCUGUAAGGCAGGAGGAUGAUCGGAGGCUGUUUCAUAAUGCAGCUCUCCGCAAGCGUCGGAAAGAUAUGGGUGAUCAAACAGAUUCUAUAAGACGGCCAUGCAGGGAGAAUGGAAGUAUAGCUGCUGAUGAUGGUUUGCAUAAGGGGGUGCAAUAUCCAUUCUCUGUGAAUGAGAAAGUAGUAAUUAAGGGAAAUAGGAGGACACCAGAAAAAUUUGUUGGGAAGGAAGCAAUUAUUACCUCACAAUGUCUCAAUGGCUGGUACUUGCUUAAAAUCAUUGGGAGUGGCGAGAAUGUUCGGCUGCAAUAUCGCUCUCUUAGAAAAAUUUUGGGCGCCCAGGCCAUUGAAGAUAGGUGUGCUCCACUGCCAACUCAGAAUUGCAACUCAUAAGUUUAAAGUUUCUGCUCCAUAACACUGUAUACACAUAUAUAAAUGUUCCUGUUUUUUAUAUUGCUUCUUCUAAGUGGCUGUAUCUUGAGUAUUUAGCUAGAACAGAGGUAGGCUAUAACAGUCCGGUUGGUAGUUUGUAGAGAAAGAUAUGAUGAUAUUGAGGAAAAAUUUCUGCCUGCUUCUCUGUAACAUGUAACAUGAAGGUGUCUACAUAAAUGUACUUUAUUUUAACAAUUUUAUGUUA